GAGGGGUAUUCUGCUGGAAAAGUUGCGAUGCCGUUUUCUCGGUUGUAUGGUGACUUCUGCUCUUGACCAUGGCGCUACAAUCGCUCGUCAACACGUUCCAUUCCUUACGUGAUUCGACAAAGGAUCACGACGAUUCCACCGUCUCCGCGUACCAAGCAAACAAGUCCCCUCUGUUGUGGCGACUUGGCGAUGUCUUUCUACGAACUUGGGAUUUAGGGUUCACCGCCUUCGGGGGACCGCCGGUACAUUUUCAAAUCCUCCAUCGACGGUUCGUAGAAGGGCAUGGCGGGAAAGCAAAAUGGGUCGAUGAGCAGACUGUAAGCCAUCAGAAUCCAAAUCGAAUUCCGACCGAAAGGCGCAUGUACUGGAAAAAUAGGAGCUGAUUCUGCUCUUAUACAGUAUCAGGAAAUCUUCGCAGUAUGUCAGGGUCUGCCUGGCCCAGCUAGCACCAAGAUGGCAUUCUCCCUAGCCCAGAUCCACGCCGGAUUCAUUCCCGC